AUGUCGACUUUCAUUCCGUUCAAAAUGCCUAAACUACAGUUGCUGAACGAGUAUGUUACUGAACCACAAACAGCGGUUGCUAGAGAGAUCUCCGUAGCCAAAGACACAACAGAGUUGCAUGAAGAAAUCUCCCGUUUGAAUGAAGAAAUCUCCCGUUUGAAGGAGGAGAACGGCCGUCUACGAAAGUGGUUUGAUUUGGUUUUGAAACCAGAGAUAAAGUUACACAGAGCAGGUUUGUAUUGACCAGUUACUGUAAUUAGCUAGCCAAAUAUCUCACACGGAGUUGAACGCAGACUAAAGUUUUUUUUAAUGAACCUCCAACUCUCGAGUCUCUGUUAAGUCGAUACUUCAAAAUGUAAAUUCUAAAACUAGGGACGUCAAACAUUGAGGCUGCACAGACUCUAUGGAGGCUAGUCUAGAUCGCCGAGUGAGAAAUAGAUGUCAUUGUUGCAAUAGUUGGUGAGUGGGAACAUAUACUAUCAUCCUAAAUUGACAUGUUGAAUUAUUAUUCCAUAUACAAUUAUCGAUAUUGCGCUAAUUUCCCUAAUUUGGACAGUUUGUGUUACUACCUUACACAAGCUUGCAUUUUCACCCCAUAAAAUUGAGUGGAAUUACAUAUCCCUUUUACCUCAUUGGUGGUGUUGGUAUACAAGUUUAGUCAUCACGAUGACCUAAGAUUGAUUGCUUAACUUAUCAAUAUCUUUGGUUUUGUACAGUUGAUUUUGUCACAUGUUCUGGUUUGUGCAGGAUUUAGACCCCGGAGUUAAAGGUGCAUUAUACAAUCUAAAUUGCUGUGAAAUAUAUAUGUAUGUAUGCAUGUGGACACCCCUUCAAAUGAGUGGAAAAGCUAUUUCAGCCACACCCGUUGCUGACGGGUGUGUAAAAUCGAGCAUACAGCCAUGCAAUCUCCAUAGACAAACAUUGGCAGUAGAAUGGCCUUACUGAAGAGCUCAGUGACUUUCAACGUGGCACAGUCAUAUGAUGCCAUCUUUCAACAAGUCAGUUGGUCAAAUUUCUGCCCUGCUAGAGCUGCCCCGGUCAACUGUAAGUGCUGUUAUUGUGAAGUGGAUACGUCUAGGAUCAACAACUGCUCAACCGUGACGUGGUAGGCCACACAAGCUAACAGAACGGGACCGCUGAAGCGUGUAGCGAGUAAAAAUCGUCUGUCCUUGGUUGCAACACUCACUACCGAGUUCCAAACUGCCUCUGGAAGUAACGUCAGCACAAGAACUGUUCGUUGGGAGCUUUGUGAAAUGGAUUUCCAUGACCGAGCAGCCACACACAAGCCUAAGAUCACAAUGCGCAAUGCCAAGUGUCGACAGGAGUGGUGUAAAGUUUGCCGUCAUUGGACUCUGGAGCAGUGGAAACAUGUUCUCUGGAGUGAUGAAUCACGCUUCACUAUCUGGCAGUCUGACAGAGGAAUCUGGGUUUUGCGGAUGCCAGGAGAACGCUACCUGCCCCAAUGCAUAGUGCCAACUGUAAAGUUUGGUGGAGGAGGAAUAAUGGUCUGGGUCUGUUUUUCCUGGUUCGAGCUAGGCCCCUUAGAUCCAGUGAAGGGAAAUCUUAACGCUACAGCAUUAGACAAUUCUGUGCUUCCAACUUUGUGGCAACAGUUUGGGGAAGGCCCUUUCCUAUUUCAGCAUGACAAUGCCCCCGUGCACAAAGCGAGGUCCAUACAGAAAUGGUUUGUCGAGAUCGGUGUGGAAGAACUUGGCCUGCACAGAGCCCUGACCUCAACCCCAUCGAACACCUUUGAGAUGAAUUGGGAUGAACUGGAACGCCAACUGCAAGCCAGGCCUAAUCGCCCAACAUCAGUGCCCGACCUCACUAAUGCUCUUGUGGCUGAACGGAAUCAAGUCCCCGCAGCAAUGUUCCAACAUCUAGUGGAAAGCCUUCCCAGAAGAGUGGAGGCUGUUACAGCAGCAAAAGGGCGACCAACUCCAUAUUUUUGCCCUUGACUUUGGAAUAAGAUGUUCGACGAGCAGGUGUCCACAUACCUUUGGUAAUGUUGUGCAUUUUCAAUGACAAAAAAACUGUUUUUACAGCUGUCGGAAGCUGGUGGACCAAAACCGAAAGUAACUUUCGUUUUGGUCCACCAGCUUCAAACAGCUGUAAAAACUUUAUUUUAUGUUAUUGAAAAUACAUUUCACAGCUAUAUAGAUGGUACAAUGAUUCCCUACAGUAUUCAAUGCUUGUUUUCUCUCACAAACAGAAAUUGAGUGAACAGUGUAGAAUUUUAGCCACCAGGGUUAAACAGAUCGAUUUCCACGAUAACACAGCCACAAAGUUAGAACAGCUUUCCCAGUUUGACAGCAGAUGCCGCUCCUACGGGAGAAAUCAGUCGCUGAAUAUCACAGCUAAUCACAACACUGGCGGGUAAGUAAUAUUGUGAAAAACUAUCAUUCCACUAUUAGCGCCAGAUAUAUUAUGUAUAUUUUCUGAAAUUACAAUGCAAAAUGUUUAUACAAAUCCUAUGCGUAGCACCAUUUUAAUGAAAUGGCGGUCUAUCUAAAAGUCGCUGGCCUCAAUACAUGAAUUUGACAGUCAAACUAUCGCUUAAAAAGCAGCCAACCGUUGUCACUGUUGAUAUCCUAUGCCGCGCCUUGAUUCGUUUAAAUUAACUACAGAAAAAGUAGUUUGUUACCUUUUCCAUGAUGGCAGCCUCCCGAAAUCAACAUCCGACAUUCCAAAAUAUAGAUAUAAGCCUUCUACAAGUUCUCCUCGAACCAACCAUGUAUAGGUUAUUCCAAGUUUCCGUGUGGCCUUUGAAUAGUGUUAGUUUAAACAGCGCUAAACCCCAAACAAAGUGUUGAAUUACACUUACUGCAUUGAAUCAAAAUGCAGCACUUCAAAAUGUAGCUUGCUGUCUUCAAUAAAUUGUCCACAAAGCAGUGAUGUACACAUUAAUCCCAGAUUCCGUGUGGUUUUUGAGAUGUUGGUUUUAACAGGACGUGCAACCUCAUCUCUCCCCUCUCCUGCAAUUGAUUUCAAUGUGAUAUCAAAUUGAGUUGUUGACAAAUGAGUGUUGUGGCAACCCCCAAAUCAAAAUGCAUUUACAAAAUGUAGCUCACUGUCUUCUGCAGGUUGUUCUCUAACCAGUAAUUUAAAAAAUAUAUAUCCAGUUUCCAUGUUUCUUUGUUAGUUUCAGCAGCCUGUACAACCAGAUUUCCCCCGAAUAGACAUCAGUGAUUUAUUGCCACAACAGGGUUUUUGGUGGUGUGCUUUUGGUGGUAGGGCUGGGUGACAUGGCCCAAAUAUCAUAGCAAUAUUUUAUAUAGUAAAAGUUCUAUAUUUGCUUUAUGAGUAGCACAUUACCCUAAGUUGUAAACGCAUACAUUCUACGUGAUUUCAAUUAGGCUUGCUUUCGCCAUUCUGAUUAAUUUUUUUAUAAGGUUCAAUCAAACUUCAACAAUUAUUUUCAGCAUUUUCAUACAUUUCUGCAUUUCCUCAUUUGAGAUGAUUUCUACACUGCCACGUAGGGCUGCACGAUAUGGGCAAAAAAAAUCUAGGCUUUAUUUUUAACCAAAUAUUGCAAUUGCGAUUUGACUUGCGAUUUAGAUCAAAACAAAUGGAUGAACUGGCUGGACCAAUCAAGGACAUUCAGAGACUUGUUCCGAAGCCACUCCUGCGUUGUCUUGUCAGUGUGCUUAGGGUCGUUGUCCUGUUGGAAGGUGAACCUUCACCCCAGUCUGAGCGCUCUGGAGCAGGAUUUCAUCAAGGAUCUCUCUGUACUUUGCUCCUUUAAUCUUUCCCCAAUCCUGACUAGUCUCCCUGUCCCUGCCGCUGAAAAACAUCCCCACAGCAUGAUACUGCCACAACCAUGCUUCACCAUAGGGAGGGUGCCAGGUUUCCUCCAGAUGUGACGCUUGGCAUUCAGGCCGGAAGAGUUCAAUAUUGGUUUAAUCAGACCAGAGAAUCUUGUUUCUCAUGGUCAUAGACCUUUUUAGGUGCCUUUUGGCAAACUCCAAGCGGGCUGUCAUGUCUUUUACUGAGGAGUGGCUUCCAUCUGGCCACUCUACCAUAAAGGCCUAAUUGGAGGAGUGCUGCGGAGAUGGUUGUCCUUCUGGGAGGUUCUCCAAUCUCCACAGAGGAACUCUGGAGCUCUGUCAGUGUGACCAUCGGGUUCUUGGUGACCUCCCCGACCAAGGCCCUUCUCCCCCGAUUGCGCAGUUUGGCCGGGUAGCCAAUAAUGAUGUAGGCCACUGUGUUCUUCGGGACCUACAAUGCUGCAGAGCGCUAGGGACAAUUCUUUCAACCUCAUGGCUUGGUUUUUGCUCUGACAUGCACUGUCAACUCUGGGACCUUAUAUAGACAGGUGUAUGUAGGGCUGUUGCGGUGACCGUAUUACAGCCACACCGGCGGUCAUGAUUCAUGAAGGCAGUCAAAUUCAACGUGACCGUUUAGUCAAGGUAAUUAGGCUUCUCCAAGCUCUGAUGCUGCUGGUCAUUAGUAGCCUACCAAACUUGCUUAACUGCCUGGUACUCAGCACUCUAUUGUCCCUCUAAUCACUCUGACAUCAAUGUAAAUGUCAUUGGAAAUCUAAUCAAACACUUAAUGAGAGCUCAUGUUGUGCAACAUUUCAAUAGGCUAUGCAAUUGUGCGAGAAAACAGAGUGAUGGCCUCUACUAAAAAUAGGAUGAUCAGCUUUCUAUAGGCUAGACCUACUAUUUAUUUCUCAACUUUCCUAAUAUUAAGCACAUUGCUUAUAUUUACAACAGGGGUAUAGCCUACCUGGCUGGCAUGAAACUAAACUACGGGGAAAAGCAUCCUCCAUUUGCUAUUUAAGUGCAUAGAUGACAUGUAUUUUUUUCCCGCUGACCCUGUUUCGAUAAAGGUGCGUGAUAAUGGUCAAUUCUAAAUCAAAACAAAUUUCACACAUACAGUACCAGUCAAAAGUUUGGACACACCUACUCAUUCAAUGUUUUUUCUUAAUUUUUACUAUUUUCUACAUUGUAGAAUAAUAGUGAAGACAUCAAAACUAUGAAAUAACACAUGGAAUCAUGUAGUAACCAAAAAUGUGUUAAACAAAUCAAUGUAUUUUAUAUUUGAGAUUCUUAAUUCUUCUUCCAUUUAAAAAUUAUGCUGUAACCCAAAAUGUGGAAAAAGUGAAAGCGUCUGAAUACUUUCUGAAUGCAAUGUAUACAUGAAAUGUUCCUUGCCAGACAUGUAUUUCCUGACUUUCAAGAGUCCCUGACCUAAUUCCCUGCUAUUCUACACAUUUUGCCAUGAGACUGCCAUAUUGCAGUUUUAAAGCUUAAUGCAGUUUUAAAAUGUAAUACCUUGCGGUGUGUACUACACCAGUGCAGAGUAGCGCAUCACAUGUAACAAAGCAAACAUUCAAAUGCCGUUAAAGUAAAAACUCAAACUGGUCCAUGCAUCAAUACUGGUGUGCAUUCGGAAAGUAUUCAGACCCUUUAACUUUUUCCACGUUUUGUUACGUUACAGCCGUAUUCUUAAAAAAAAAAAAAUUUUGCUAAAUUAUUACAAAUAAAAACCUUAUUUACAUAAGUAUUCAGACCCUUUGCUAUGAGACUCAAAAUUGAGCUCAGGUGCAUCCUGUUUCCAUUGAUCAUCCUUGAGAUGUUUCUACAACUUGAUUGGAGUCCAACUGUGGUAAAUUCAAUUGAUUUGGAAAGGCACACCUGUCUAUAUAAGGUCCCACAGUUGACAGUUUAUGUCAGAGCAAAAACCAAGCCAUGAGGUCAAAGGAAUUGUCCGUAGAGCUCCGAGACAGGAUUGUGUCAAGGCACAGAUCUGGGGAACGGUACAAUAAAAAUUCUGCAGCAUUGAAGGUCCCCGAGAACACAGUGGCCUGCCUCCAUUCUUAAAUGGAAGAAGUUUGGAACCACCAAGACUCUUCCUAGAGCUGGCCACCUGGCCAAACUGAGCAAUUGGGGGAGAAGGGCCUUGGUCAGGGAGGUGACCAAGAACGCGAUGGUCACUCUGACAGAGCUCCAGAGUUCCUCUGUGGAGAUGGGAGAACUUUCCAGAAGGACAACCAUCUCUGCAGCACUCCACCAAUCAGGCCUUUAUGGUAGAGUGGCCAGACGGAAGCCACUCCUCAGUAAAAGGCACGACAGCCCACUUGGAGUUUGCCAAAAGGCACCUAAAGGACUCUCAGACCAUGAGAACAAUUGUUUACAGACAGAUUAUUUCACUUAUAAUUCACGAUCACAAUUCCAGUGGGUCAGAAGUUUACAUACACUAAGUUGACUGUGCCUUUAAACAGCUUGGAAAAUUCCAGAAAAUGAUGUCAUCAAUCAAUCAAUCAAUCAAUUUUAUUUUAUAUAGCCCUUCUUACAUCAGCUAAUAUCUCGAAGUGCUGUACAGAAACCCAGCCUAAAACCCCAAACAGCUAGUAAUGCAGGUGUAGAAGCACGGUGGCUAGGAAAAACUCCCUAGAAAGGCGAAAACCUAGGAAGAAACCUAGAGAGGAACCAGGCUAUGAGGGGUGGCCAGUCCUCUUCUGGCUGUGCCGGGUGAAGAUUAUAACAGAACCAUGCCAAGAUGUUCAAAAAUGUUCAUAAGUGACAAGCAUGGUCAAAUAAUAAUCAGGAAUAAAUCUCAGUUGGCUUUUCAAAGCCGAUCAUUAAGAGUUGAAAACAGCAGGUCUGGGACAGGUAGGGGUUCCAUAACCGCAGGCAGAACAGUUGAAACUGGAAUAGCAGCAAGGCCAGGCGGACUGGGGACAGCAAGGAGUCACCACGGCCGGUAGUCCCGACGUAUGGUCCUAGGGCUCAGGUCUCUCAGUUGGCUUUUCAUAGCCGAUCAUUAAUAGCCGUCAUGGCUUUAGAAGCUUCUGAUAGGCUAAUUGACAACAUUUGAGUCAAUUGGAGGUGUACCUGUGGAUGUAUUUCAAGGCCUACCUUCAAACUCAGUGCCACUUUGCUUGACAUCAUGGGAAAAUCAAAAGAAAUCAGCCAAGACCUCAGAAAAAAAAUUGUAGACCUCCUCCACAAGUCCGGUUCAUCCUUGGGAGCAAUUUCCAAACGCCUGAAGGUACCACGUUAAUCUGUACAAACAAUAGUACGCAAGUAUAAACACCAUGGGACCACGCAGCCGUCAUACCGCUCAGGAAGGAGACGCGUUCUGUUUCCUACAGAUGAACGUACUUUGGUGCGAAAAGUGCAAAUCAAUCCCAGAACAACAGCAAAGGACCUUGUGAAGAUGCUGGAGGAAACGGGUACAAAAGUAUCUAUAUCCACAGUAAAACGAGGCCUAUAUCGACAUAACCUGAAAGGCCGCUCAGCAAGGAAGAAGCCACUGCUCCAAAACCGCCAUUAAAAAGCCAGACUACGGUUUGCAACUGCACAUGGAGACAAAGAUCGUACUUUUUGGAGAAAUGUCCUCUGUUCUGAUGAAACAAAAAUGGAACUGUUUGGCCAUAAUGACCAUAGUUAUGUUUGGAGGAAAAAGGGGGUAGAUUGCAAGCAGAAGAACACCAUCCCAACCGUGAAGCACGGGGUGGCAGCAUCAUGCUGUGGGGGUGCUUUGCUGCAGGAGGGACUGGUGCACUUCACAAAAUAGAUGGCGUCAUGAGGAAGGAAAAUUAUGUGGAUAUAUUGAAGCAACAUCUCAAGACAUCAGUCAGGAAGUUAGUGUUAGCUGAACUUACAUAAAUCAAACGGAUAGCAAGUUAAUGUUGUGAAGAUAAUUUUACAUAGCUACAAUUGUAUUGUUGAAUCAUUUUAGCUAGCGGUUCUAAAUCCAAUUAAACAGAAAUGAUAAAAUAGCUAGCUAGCUUUUUCAACUUAUUGUAAUUGCAUGUUUCAGGGACCAGAGAAGAUUGAAAAAGUAUAUUUAUUGAAUUAUCAGCAACUUUAUAUUUCCUAUAUUUUUUUUUUCUCUCUAUCAGAUCCCCAGCAGUUCACUCUCCCCAUAUCUGAAGAGGUUCCCCCUGAGAAGCAGGACUGGAGCCCCAGUUUGGGGCAGGAGGACCCAUGGCCCACACUGAAUAAAGAGGAACUCUGGACCAGUCAGGAGGAAGAGCAGCUUCAUGGGCCCUUUGAUACCAAAGGCUCCAUAUUCACUUCUCCCUUUAUGGAAAGUGACUGUGAUCAGGAGGACCCACCUCAGCCCUCACAUCUUCACCAAACCCAAACUGUGGAGGACAGAGAGAGGGACUCUCUACUCACCUACACAACUGAAGAGAUCAAAACAGAACCAGAUGGAGAGGACUACAGAGUAUCAGAACCAACCAGUGACUCUCCGCCCCUCUCUGAAGUAAAUCCAGACUGUUCUGCAGCUCAGAGUGAAAACAGGGAAAGUGAUGAUGAGGUGGAGAGAGGAGGACUACUGUCAGGGUCUAAGACACUCAAAUCAAUGACAAAACAGACAAAGAAUGGAGAAAGGUUCCAUACCAGUGCUGGAGGCAGGACGGAGACCAUGUUUCCCUGUUUGACAUCAUCUAGUCAAAUGGCUGCUGCUCCUUAUUAUUGCAAGGUGUGUAGGAAGACUUUCGUGUCAAAUGUUUUCUUUAUUUAAUAUGUAUGGAAAACACACAGGAUAAAGAAUGCCGGUGUGUGUGUGUGUGUGUGGAAAAUACAUCAAUUCCACAGAAUGUACAGGGUUAACCCCUAUAUUCAUUUAGCAGAGUUGCCGCCACUCCAAAAAAUCCAAAUAAAUGUACGAUUUUAUUUUGGAGUGGCGGCAUAUAUUAGUUCUGCCGAGAUGCACUUUUAAGUUGCAAUGUAUAUUUAAUGAAUUGAGUUUUUGGGGGUAAAUGCAGAUGGGCAACCCCAUCCUUCAGUCUAUUUAUUAAACGCAGCUAUGCUGCAUCAGUUGGUCUACAUGUUAUCAUUCUUUAAAAGGGAAAAUUCUUUCACAUGGUGUUGACAAUUUCAUUUUAAAUAAUUUUAAAGUAGAUUGUCCUUUUUUAAAGAGUCCCCAUUAGUGACCUGGGGGGUCGGCACGGCUGAAUUCUUUCCAAGUCCUGGGCAAGAACACUUUUGAGACCUGAUCUUGGCGGCGUAGAGUAUUUUUGUGUUUUAAAGCAAAUUUCCUGCAAUCCUAUACGUUCUGACAUGGAGCUGAGAAAAUGUUGCAGUUUUUAAAGCAAAUUUCCUGUAAUUCUAUGCAUUUUGCCAUAGUUAAGUCCAUUCCAUAUAUAUAUAUAUAUAUAUUUUUUUUUAUGACCCGCCCAAGCCUUUUCUAGGCAGAAAAAACCCUGAAGUGUGAUUCCAGUGUGAUUCCCAUGUGUGUGCAGGUGAGGCGUUCGAUCCGUAUGUGUGGGGCGUGUGAGCCGUGCAGGAGGACUGAGGACUGCGCUCUGUGUGAUUUCUGUAAAGACAUGAAGAAGUUUGGAGGACCCCAAAAGAUCAGACAGAAGUGCAGACUCAGGCAGUGUGACGUCCACGCUCGGGGUGAGUCCAUAGAGGUAGAUGGAGGGUGAGUCCAUUCCAUGCUCAGUUGACUCCAUUUACAUUUUAGUCAUUUAGCAGACGCUCUUAUCCAGAGUGACUUACAGGAGCAAUUAGGGUUAAGUGCCUUGCUCAAAGGGCACAUCGACAGAUUGUUCACCUAGUCGGCUCUGGGAUUCGAAUUAGCGACCUUUCGGUUACUGGCCAAACGGUCUUAACCGUUAGGCUAGGGCGAGUCCAUAGAGAAAGGGUGCGUUUGGACCAUAGUUUGUUUUAGCAUGGGCAGCGCCCAAGCAACCACCAAACCUCACCAAAAGGAGGGGGUGCCUUUUUUAUUAAUUUACAAUAUUGAAGCCUUUGAAUCUCUUUACGUAAUUAAUGGCUAAGAUGUUGGGUUGACAGUCGCUGGACCCAGGUUCGAGUCUUGGACGUGGCUUCCCCCUGAAUUUGCUUCAGUAUAUUGAUGCAUUAUGUGCUCUCUCUCUGUCUGUGUAGAAAUGCUGCGUGUGAAGGAUGAAGAGUUUGACCUGUCUGCCUGGGGGGGGGGCAGGGAGAUCCUGAGGAGAGGACAUCUGUCUGACUACAGUGAGAAUGAGAUGGAAUGUGACUAAGCUGCACGCCCGUCACUAAAAAUGCACUGAACUGACAUGCAUGGUUGUUGAUGAUGUGGUAUCUGAGGAAUUUAUGACUUUGCUAACGUUUUCAAAUGGUAUCUUGGAGGAUGUUGAUUCAGCUUAGGGAAGCAUCUGGGGAGCAGUUUUAUAGGGGCACCCCAUAAGACAGAGGAAGUCUGUUGUGUGGAGUCAUGGGAUUGGUCUGUAUGGGGAAAACACCCAUAUCAUGGUAAAGAUUAUAAAUACUUGGUUGAGACAAAGGAGGUCAGAACAACAUAUUAUUUUCGGGUCAUUGUUCUCCAGAUGCCUGCAGACGUCUGUAAACUUAUGCUGAAAUCUUGUGAUAUAAAUAAACCUUUAUAAUCAAAGUACAGUGUAAGCGGACUCCUUGGUCUCACAGCAAAGAUUAGCAGUAUUCUUUAUAAACAACAAUGACACUGAUGUUCAGAUGAACAUAAUGAAAUAGUCUCUAUAAUGUGCAGCUCAACUCAGACAGCGGUUUGUAGCUGCUGGAAAAGUAUUUCAAAGCCUAGACUUUAUCCCUCAGGAUGGAACUUUCCAGUGCUACUAUUCUUGCCAUGUAAUAUUGUUAUUAAAACUCCAUAGUAGAAUAGUUGAUCUAUUUAACUAGACUGCUUGUUGUGUGUUCUAUGCAAGAUAAAUAUUCCUCUCGAGGUGCAUUCAAGUUGUGAGAGCCAUAGAAGAGAAACAUGUAUUCUGACAAGCAGUCAAUGUGCAACAAUUCUUAAUGCAAUCUCGCAAAAACACUUUUGAAAGCAGUUUUGGCCUUUAAAAAUAGAGGGGGAACCCAAUUUUACAUUGCUACCAAGUUUAUUUCUGUACUCCUUCAAUUGCGUGUGUGGCAUCGUUUAACAAAUGCAGAGUUUCAAGCAUGGAUGAGGUGCAGCUGUGCAACAGAGCUCUUAAAAGGCAAUUACAUACUUUUUUAAUAGAAACAACAACAAAAAUUCCAAGUGAAUUUAUAAUAAUAACAAUCAGGAUGUUUGGUCCAAUGGGGAUAAAUGAAGAUUAUAAACCCCCAUGCUUCAGCCUAUGUCCAUUUUUAUAUGCUUCAUCAGUUGGCUACAGGUGAUGAUGCUAAUUGCUAAUGGUACAUCUGAUAAUAUAGACAGACCAUGCCUAGGCUAUAUGCAUGGUCCAAUAUCUUUAAAAAAUAUAUAUUAAAAAUUAGGCAUAAUUUUUACCAAUAUGUUAUUUGGCCCAUUUCUGGAGGUGGAAAGUAUAUUUUAGAUGGUGACGGCAUAUUUUAUUGUCAUUCAUUUUGGAGUAAAAUUGCCUUUUUAAAAAGUCACCAGAACUGAGCUUCUCAGUCUUUCUACAUAAAAAAUAUUCUGGGGAGGAAGACCCCGGACCCCCAAAGCAAGGAGACUGGAAUUGGUCAAACUCAGUUUAAUACAUUUUACUUUUUACAUUUUAGUCAUUUAGCAGACGCUCAUAUCCAGAGCGACUUACAGUUAGUGAGUGCAUACAUUUUCAUACUGUAUGCAUGUACCAAAUGAUCCUCUUUCCCUAAAAGCAUGAUGGUCGUGACUUUCUUAGAUGAAAGGGGAGGUUAACUUUGCCCCAGACAAUCGAUCUCACUUAAGUUUCAGUCAUGGGAUUUUUUGUUGUUGCUUUAACCCCUGAAAUUGUAAAGGUUUGUAUAAUUCAUUUAAGAGUACUCUCUCGUGUUGGGUGAGGCUUCUGGCGCUUCCUGGUUUGGAAGUCCGCUGUCAAACAGCUUGCAAUUGUAUCCAUUUGUUUUUACUGCUCUAAUUACAUUGGUAACCAGUUUAUAAUAACAAUAAGGUACCUCGGGGGUUUGUGGUAUAUGGCUUGCGAAAGUAUUCACCCCUUGGCAUUUUUCCUAUUUUGUUGCCUUACAACCUGGAAUUAAAAUAUAUUUUUUGGGGGGGUUUGUAUCAUUUGAUUUACACAACAUGCCUACCACUUUGAAGAUGCAAAAUAUUUUUUGUGAAACAAGAAAUAAGACAAAAAAAUUGAACACAUGAGCAUGCAUAACUAUUCACCCCACCAAAGUCAAUACUUUGUAGAGCCACCUUUUGCAGUAAUUACAGCUGCGAGUUUCUUGGGGUAUGUCUCUAUAAGCUUUGCACAUCUAGCCACUGGGAUUUUUGCCCAUUCUUCAAGGCAAAACUGCUCCUGCUCCUUCAAGUUGGAUGGUUUCCGCUGGUGUACAGCAAUCUUUAAGUCAUACCAUAGAUUCUCAAUUGGAUUUAGGUCUGGGCUUUGACUAGGCCAUUCCAAGACAUUUAAAUGCUUCCCCUUAAACCACCCGAGUGUUGCUUUAGCAGUAUGCUUAGGGUCAUUGUCCUGCUGGAAGGUGAACUUCCGUCCCAGUCUCAAAUCUCUGGAAGACUGAAACAGGUUUCCCUCAAUUUCCCUGUAUUUAGCGCCAUCCAUCAUUCCUUCAAUUCUCACCAGUUUCCCAGUCCCUGACGAUGAAAAACAUGCUUCACUGUGGGGAUGGUGUUCUCGGGGUGAUGAGAGGUUGGGUUUGCGCCAGACAUAGCGUUUUCCUUGAUGGCCAAAAAGCUCAAGUCUAGGCUCAUCUGACCAGAGUACCUUCUUCCAUAUGUUUGGGGAGUCUCCCACAUUGCUUUUGGCGAACACCAAACAUGUUUGCUUAUUUUUUUUCUUGAAGCAAUGGCUUUUUUCUGGCCACUCUUCUGUAAAGCCCAGCUCUGUGGAGUGUACGGCUUAAAGUGGUCAUAUACUCCAAUCUCCGCUGUGGAGCUUUGCAGCUCCUUCAGGGUUAUCUUUGGUCUCUUUGUUGCCUCUGAUUAAUGCCCUACUUGCCAGGUCUGUGAGUUUUGGUGGGCGGCCCUCUCUUGGCAGGUUUGUUGUGGUGCCAUAUUUUUAUAACCCAACCCUGAUCUGUAUUUCUCCACAACUUUGUCCCUGACCUGUUUGGAGAGCUCCUUGGUCUUCAUGGUGCUGCUUGCUUGGUGGUGUUGCAGACUCUGGGGCCUUUCAGAACAGGUGUGUGUGUAUGUAUGUAUGUGUGUAUAUACACUGCUCAAAAAAAAUAAAGGGAACACUUAAACAACACAAUGUAACUCCAAGUCAAUCACACUUCUGUGAAAUCAAACUGUCCACUUAGGAAGCAACACUGAUUGAUAGUGUCCAGAGCAUGGAGGCGCUACCAGGAGACGUGGAGGAGGCCGUAGGAGGGCAACAACCCAGCAGCAGGACUGCUACCUCCGCCUUUGUGCAAGGAGGAGCACUGCCAGAGCCCUGCAAAAUUACCUCCAGCAGGCCACAAAUGUGCAUGUGUCUGCUCAAACGGUCAGAAACAGACUCCAUGAGGGUGGUAUGAGGGCCCGACGUCCACAGGUGGGGGUUGUGCUUACAGCCCAACACCGUGCAGGACGUUUGGCAUUCGCCAGAGAACACCAAGAUUGGCAAAUUCGCCACUGGCGCCCUGUGCUCUUCACAGAUGAAAGCAGGUUCACACUGAGCACAUGUGACAGACGUGACAGAGUCUGGAGACGCUGUGGAGAACGUUCUGCUGCCUGCAACAUCCUCCAGCAUGACCGGUUUGGCGGUGGGUCAGUCAUGGUGUGGGGUGGCAUUUCUUUGGGGGGCCGCACAGCCCUCCGUGUGCUCGCCAGAGGUAGCCUGUGCCAUUAGGUACCGAGAUGAGAUCCUCAGACCCCUUGUGAGACAAUAUGCUGGUGCAGUUGGCCCUGGGUUCCUCCUAAUGCAAGACAAUGCUAGACCUCAUGUGACUGGAGUGUGUCAGCAGUUCCUGCAAGAGGAAGGCAUUGAUGCUAUGGACCGCCCAUUCCCCAGACCUGAAUCCAAUUGAGCACAUCUGGGACAUCAUGUCUCGCUCCAUCCACCAACGCCACGUUGCACCACAGACUGUCCAGGAGUUGGCGGAUGCUUUAGUCCAGGUCUGGGAGGAGAUCCCUCAGGAGACCAUCCGCCACCUCAUCAGGAGCAUGCCCAGGUGUUGUAGGGAGGUCAUACAGGCACGUGGAGGCCACACACACUACUGAGCCUCAUUUUGACUUGUUUUAAGGACAUUACAUCAAAAUUGGAUCAGCCUGUAGUGUGGUUUUCCACUUUAAUUUUGAGGGUGACUCCAAAUCCAGACCUCCAUGGGUUGAUACAUUUGAUUUCCAUUGAUAAUUUUUGUGUGAUUGUUGUUGUCAGCACAUUCAACUAUGUAAAGAAAAAAGUAUUUAAUAAGAUUAUUUCAUUCAUUCAGAUCUAGGAUGUGUUAUUUUAGUGUUCCCUUAAUUUUUUUGAGCUGUGUGUGUGUAUAUGUAUGUAUAUAUUAGAGAUUAUGUGACACUUAGAUUGCACACAGGUGGACUUUAUUUAACUAAUUAUGUGACUUCUGAAGGUAGUUGGUUGCACCAGAUCUUAUUUAGGGGCUUCAUAGCAAAGGGGGUGAAUACAUAUGCACACACCACUUUUCUGUUCUUUUUUAAAUAAUAUGUUGAAACAAGUUAUGAAAAAAAAAUUCACUUCACCAAUUUGGACUCUUUUGUGUAUGUGCAUUACAUGAAAUCCAAAUAAAAAUCCAUUUAAAUUACAGGUUGUAAUGCAAGAAAAUAGGAAAAACGCCAAGGGGGAUGAAUACUUUAGCAAGGCGUUGUACCAUUUUGAGGCUGAUUCCCUGACCUGUCAAUGUUUUUAAUUUGCUGUUUUUUAUAUUGUUAUACUCUUGUGAAUUCAUGAAUGGUUUUUACUAGAUUACUUGUAGUUUUUCAUGUUGUCUGUCUGUAAUUUUUUGUAAUGACUUGGUGCUGCCUAUCUUGGCCAGGACGCUCUUGAAAAAGAGAUUUUAAAUCUCAAUGAGCCCUUCCUGGUUAAAAAAAAUAAACCACGGCUCAGGGCUAGAUCCAGGCCCUCCGUGUUGUGUCGUGAUUAAGAACAUCCCUUAGCCGUGGUAUAUUGGCCAUAUACCACACCCCCUUGUGCCUUAUUGCUUAAUUGAAGCCAUGUAAUUGUUGAUCAGUUUCCUUUGAGGUGGUUUCCUGCAAGGCUACAAUAAGCUAUAAUUUGCCAUUUGACAGUGAGGAGAGAGGGUUAUGCCAGGCCAGAGUUGAAGGCCUUGAAAGAGAAUACUUUGAGGCAUGUGUGUAAUUUGUAUAUAUUUUUCAAUGGUGUACAUUUUAUCUUGUGAAUCCUGGAACUCUGGCACUUGUUAAUAAAUGCACCUGCAUUUAGUGAGCGCUCUGCCUCAUCACUGAUCCACCGGUCUUCCAUACAACAGCUCUACCAACACUGAGAGACUGCUGGCUAUGAGGAUGAUGACAUGGUAGGUUAGACACACCCACGGACAGACAGACGAUACACAGGUACACUAAGGUGGCAAAAUCACUGUUAAUGGGGCAAUCUGCUAUUGCUAUGUCUUUAUUUUGAAUUUUUAAAUGAAUGUCUACCCAUAGAUUCUUGUAGAAUAUAGCUUAUAAAUGCCUCAGUAAUGAGCUUAGAACUAAAAUUCUUAACGUGGAUAUCAUGGAUGUUCAGUCACUGUCUGAAUUUGAGUGGUUACAUUUCUCCAGUGUCUCAGCUUUUCACCAAAACAUUUUACAUUACAUUUUAGUAGACGCUCUUAUCCAGAACGACUUACAGUUAAGUGAGUGCAUACGUUUUCAUACUGGCCCCCCGUGGGAAUCGAACCCACAACCCUGGCGUUGCAAACGCCAUGCUCUACCAACUGAGCUACAGUGGGGGGAAAAAAGUAUUUAGUCAGCCACCAAUUGUGCAAGUUCUCCCACUUAAAAAGAUGAGAGAGGCCUGUAAUUUUCCUCAUAGGUACACGUCAACUAUGACAGACAAAAUGAGGGAAAAAAAUCCAGAAAAUCACAUUGUAGGAUUUUUUAUGAAUUUAUUUGCAAAUUAUGGUGGAAAAUAAGUAUUUGGUCAAUAACAAAAGUUUCAAUACUUUGUUAUAUACCCUUUGUUGGCAAUGACACAGGUCAAACGUUUUCUGUAAGUCUUCACAAGGUUUUCACACACUGUUGCUGGUAUUUUGGCCCAUUCCUCCAUGCAGAUCUCCUCUAGAGCAGUGAUGUUUUGGGGCUGUCGCUGGGCAACACGGACUUUCAACUCCCUCCAAAGAUUUUCUAUGGGGUUGAGAUCUGGAGACUGGCUAGGCCACUCCAGGACCUUGAAAUGCUUCUUACGAAGCCACUCAUUCGUUGCCCGGGCGGUGUGUUUGGGAUCAUUGUCAUGCUGAAAGACCCAGCCACGUUUCAUCUUCAAUGCCCUUGCUGAUGGAAGGAGGUUUUCACUCAAAAUCUCACGAUACAUGGCCCCAUUCAUUCUUUCCUUUACACGGAUCAGUCGUCCUGGUCCCUUUGCAGAAAAACAGCCCCAAAGCAUGAUGUUUCCACCCCCAUGCUUCACAGUAGGUAUGGUGUUCUUUGGAUGCAACUCAGCAUUCUUUGUCCUCCAAACACGACGAGUUGAGUUUUUACCAAAAAGUUCUAUUUUGGUUUCAUCUGACCAUAUGACAUUCUCCCAAUCCUCUUCUGGAUCAUCCAAAUGCACUCUAGCAAACUUCAGACGGGCCUGGACAUGUACUGGCUUAAGCAGGGGGACACGUCUGGCACUGCAGGAUUUGAGUCCCUGGCGGCAUAGUGUGUUACUGAUGGUAGGCUUUGUUACUUUGGUCCCAGCUCUCUGCAGGUCAUUCACUAGGUCCCCCCGUGUGGUUCUGGGAUUUUUGCUCACCGUUCUUGUGAUCAUUUUGACCCCACGGGGUGAGAUCUUGCGUGGAGCCCCAGAUCGAGGGAGAUUAUCAGUGGUCUUGUAUGUCUUCCAUUUCCUAAUAAUUGCUCCCACAGUUGAUUUCUUCAAACCAAGCUGCUUACCUAUUGCAGAUUCAGUCUUCCCAGCCUGGUGCAGGUCUACAAUUUUGUUUCUGGUGUCCUUUGACAGCUCUUUGGUCUUGGCCAUAGUGGAGUUUGGAGUGUGACUGUUUGAGGUUGUGGACAGGUGUCUUUUAUACUGAUAACAAGUUCAAACAGGUGCCAUUAAUACAGGUAACGAGUGGAGGACAGAGGAGCCUCUUAAAGAAGUUACAGGUCUGUGAGAGCCAGAAAUCUUGCUUGUUUGUAGGUGACCAAAUACUUAUUUUCCACCAUAAUUUGCAAAUAAAUUCAUUAAAAAUCCUACAAUGUGAUUUUCUGGAUUUUUUUUCUCAUUUUGUCUGUCAUAGUUGACGUGUUCCUAUGAUGAAAAUUACAGGCCUCUCUCAUCUUUUUAAGUGGGAGAACUUGCACAAUUGGUGGCUGACUAAAUACUUUUUUUCCCCACUGUACAUCCCUGCCGGCCAUUCCCUCCCCUACCCUGGACGACGCCGGCUAAUUGUGCGCCGCCCCAUGGGUCUCCCGGUCGCGGCCGGCUACGACAGAGUCUGGAUUCGAACCAGGAUCUCUAGUGGCACAGCUAGCACUGCGAUGCAGUGCCUUGCGCCACUCGGGAGAAACGGACAGCGUGCCACAUUGUUAUUGUUUGAAUUGUAGAUUUCCCCUUUUGUGUGAAGCAUUUACCAUAAACUUUGUUGUAUUCUGCCGCGUGGUUUAAUUUUAAACUUUUCUUUGACAAUGUGGGUUAUAAAAAUUUGCCUAUUUAGGUAUUGCUCAGUUGACUGAAUCGCCUGCUAUAUAUAUCUAUCUGUCUCUAUCCCUUGUUCCAGAAAGAGGGGGAAGAGGUGCGGCGCCACAUGCAGAAUCACUGUGA